AUGGAGAUCACUACGCCAUUGACUGAAGCAUUGCAACAAACUCCUGUUUAUGCUAGGCAUGUAAAGCCAUAUAUUGGAGAAGAGAUAGAGAAAGCUAUGGAGGAAUUUUGCAAUGGCCCUUUGAAGAGAAAACACCCUCCAAAAAUGAAGGAUCCAGGAGGCCUUACAAUUCCUUGCACCAUUGGGAGUGUGAAGAUAGGGAGAGCUUUACUUGAUUCGAGUAUUAAUUUGAUGCCCCUAUCUAUGUUGAAGAAGAUUGGUGGUCUGACAUUGAAGCCAACAAAUAUUUCCUUGGUUGUGGUGGAUGGAUCAUCAAAGAAACCUUAUGGUGUGGUGGAGGAUGUGGUGAUUCGUGUUGAAAGCGUUGAAUUCCUGGUUGAUUUUGUGAUAAUAAAGAUGAAGGAGGAUGAUAGGAUCCCGUUGAUUCUUGAAAGGUCGUUCAUGAAGACGACCAAAGUGGUCAUAAGUGUCUAUGAUGGGGUGAUUAUGCUUAAAGACCAAGAAGAAAAGGUGAUCUAUAAUCUCUCCAAAGAGAAGCAAAUGCGAAUAAAAAAAAGGGCUAAGUAUAAAGCUUCAAAGAAGGAUGCAGCAGUUGAUAGGCCUGAGUCUGCUAAAGUGGUUAACAAAGGUAAUAAUUGUGUUUUAAUGCUGGUAAAGGAAGAGGAGAAGGUUGGAAAAGGAGGGAUAGUCCACUUUGACUUGAAGGAUGCAUUAUUCAAGCUUGGUACACCGGUGAAAUACAAGAAGAAGAUGUGGGUGGUGAAAGGCUUUCAAGAGAAUAGAGUGAUAGAGAUUGAAGAUCCAUAUUCUAAGAGAGUCGAGAAAGUGGACCGGAAGCAAUUGAUGAGUUGGUGUGAUUAA